AUGAGUAUUCGCAACGGCGCUACGGAUAAUGGAGAAACUACUUUCAGUUUCGUUUUCCGGUCAUGCAGAUGCAGUUUAACUCAUUUAUAUUCUGUCUUUUCUUUUCAUACCUGCGCAGGAUUGGAUCUAGAUAUUAUUAACGAGUACCUUCUGGAAAAGUCAACAAAGGAGUUGUCAUUGGCAGUCCCUUCAACAAAACUGCUCCCUGGUCCUCCACCUCCACCUGUGGACCAGGACCUUCAGUCAAUUGAUACACCAUCUAGGAGCAGGUGUAGUGGUCCAGUGUUGGUUCCCAGAGGAACAGCACCACAGCAAACAGUCAACUUGAACCAAAUCCCGGUCGCUCAUACUGAUGGUAUGGAACCGAUGCAUGCAAACCGAGGUUAUAAAAAUCAUCGCCGUGGACCGGGAUCUUCAGGGCCCCGGCGCCAUCCUCCUCUGCAGACCGGAACAGAACAUCUGGAGCGCUUUCUGGAAAAGCCGGAGCUGGUGGUGGUGGAGCAGCCGAAGGAGCGCGGGAUGAGAUUUCGCUACGAGUGUGAAGGACGAUCAGCAGGCAGCAUCCUCGGAGCCUCCAGCACUGAGGUCAACAAGAGUUUACCAGCCAUUGAAAUCCAGGGUCCCACUGACAACAUCAAGAAAGUGACGGUCACAGUGUCUCUAGUGACAAAGGACAUCCCUUACCGCCCACAUCCACACUGUCUGGUUGGGAAAGACUGUUCGGAUGGCAUCUGUGUCAUCCAGAUUAAUCCCAAUAGUUCUCGCAGACACAGUUUUGCGAAUUUGGGUAUUCAGUGCGUGCGAAGGAAGGAACUUGAUCAGUCGUUGGCGAGGAGGAGAAAGAAGAAUAUCGAUCCUUUUAACACGGGGCACUCCAAGAGCAUUGAAGACAUGGAUAUGAAUGUGGUGAGACUCUGUUUCCAGUGUGAAUUGGAGCGAAAAGACGGAGACAGGUUUCAGCUCGCCCCUGUGGUGACCAAUCCCAUCUAUGACAAAAAGGCGACCACAACGGCAGAAUUGAAAAUUAAUCGGCUUAAUGUCAUCAGAGGCCCUUGCACAGGAAAGACUGAAAUUUAUAUGCUCUGUGACAAAGUCCAAAAAGAUGACAUUGAGAUCAUCUUCAACUUGGAAGACUGGGAGGCCAAAGCGGAGUUUGCUCAGACAGAUGUCCACAGACAGAUCGCCAUCGUCUUCAAGUCCCCACCCUUCCGGGAGCAGAACAUUGCCGAGGAGGUGGAGGUUAAUGUCUGUCUCCGCCGUAUUUCUGAUCGGAUGGACAGUGAGCCAGUCAAGUUUACCUAUGUUCCAGAUAAUGCAGAUCCGUAUGGAGUGAACCGCAAGCGGAAAAUGAAGUCGGACAUUCAAAAGUUCAGCGAGCCGUGCAGUGUCCCACAAGUUCCUACAGGUCAAGACCUCUUUGUGAACGAUCCCAUCCCAUCACAGCAAUUCGAGCCAUUCUCAUACCCUAUUCCGGAGUGUAGCGUUCCUAACGUUCCCAUGGCGAUCCCUGCUCAGGAUGGAGCCGUUCACGUUCACCAAGGCAUGGAGGAAAUUCUAUAUGAGGAUUUUAAACAUGAAGACACUUGCAUUAGUCUGGAUCCAGAGGCUCUGGAAACCAUCUACAACAGCAUUAGUCAGUGCUUAGGUUUCAGCUUUAUAGACAACGCAGACGCAAAUUCAAACUUAGAGGUCAACCAACCAUUGAUGAACAUGUCUACUAUAAACGACGCACACUUUAGUCAGAUGGUGAACGAGAGCCAGCCCUAUCUAGCGGACCUGGAGAACGUGGAUGACGUCUUAUACCCUGUGAAAAGUGAGGGUGUACCGGACAUUUGAAUGCUCCUGUGGACUUUGGAGGUACUGUACAGAUGCUGCUUGACUUUGAACACAAUGUGGACCAGGAUGACCUGCAGUUUGGUAGUUUAAAAAGACUUAAAAAGCUGCUCAACCGCUUUUAAUGGGCCAGUUGUGAAAAUUUGCUAAUUUAUUGUUUGGCUUUAAGAGUAGAUGCCAGCUAUUAGUAGAUGCAUAGUCUCACACUCAAGGUCACUAACAUAUUUAAGCAUGGUAUGUAAUGUGAUGUUUGUCAUUGGUUAACAUUUCUGAAUGGUUUCGACUGUGAAGUAUAGGAUAAAAAUGAAAUGACCCAUUUGAAGACAAUUCUUCAAUUCUAGCAGUUAGAUUUGAUAACGUAAAUCACACCACCUGACACGACAUGAUAAACAUCAAUAUUUACUGACUGUUUACAGCCACUGUGAUUUGCAUACGUUGAAAUUUGAUUUAAUAGUGGCCUAUUUGGUGAGACCCAUUGUUGAUUUGAAUAACGUAUGAAGAGCUCAGAUGCGAAACCGUCUAUGUGCGUCUGACAUGUUUUCUUGUAAAUAAGCAUUUUUUAUCAGGCUCUUAUGUUUAGGUUUAGUAAUAACACUUUAAUGGCAAUGAAAAGGUUAUUAGUCAGAAAUUGAAAUACCUUUAAAAAUGUCACUCAAGUCAUUUUAUUGGUAUUUAACAAAUUUGACUGUCUUUUACUGCAAAACCCUCUAAGUGCAUCAAAAUUCGACAUUUACUCUUCACUUUCUUUUCUGAAUAAACGUAGAAGCCAACAAAGCGGUAUUUGAAGUGAAAGUAUUUGAUGAACGUACAAUUGUCCGGUCAAUAUUAUUGUUAUAUAUAUAAUACGGUCAAUAUCAUUCUCAUUUUUGAUGGAGGUGGCAUUUAGUGGCUUUUGCAUCUGAGCUCCUCGAAUAUACGUGCUGGAUAAAGUCGAGAUGCUGUCAAAUUACCCAGAUCUGUGAAACCGGACUAGUAAGAUUUCUCUCAGACGAAAGCGUUUUCGUGACUUAAAAAAGCACAUUGUGGAUUGAAUUUGAUUUUUUUUUUUACUUUUUAAAAUGCACUAAAAUGCACCUAAUGAUGCCCACUCCAAGUUAAACUUUUACUUUAAAGUCUUCCCCUAAUGCAAAUUCGUAGAUUUUACUUCAAAUAAUAAAAAAAUCGUUGAACCAUGGUUACCACAAAUUAUUCAUGGUUUUGCUACAUUAAUCAUAGUUUACCCAUAUAUUUUUACUACCAUGGUUAAUGUUUAAGGUUCGGUAGCAUUACAUCACAUGGUAGCUAUAGCCCUUUAAGUCCGUGACAGACAAACCAGACAUCAAUGGACCAAGAAGAAUUGUUCAAUUUAAUUAUUACAUAUCAAAUGUGAAAUAUUUGUAAACCUGUCUAUGAAAGCUGAAGUCUGAUAAUCUAUUAUUGAUGAGAUUAAGAGCAUCAGCUGUCAGUGUGUACAGAUACGUCGUGUCUGCAGGAACAUUGCAUUACAUUACAAAUGGAGGAAUGUAUUUAAAAUACAUUAUGUAGUCACUGUGUAGUGCUUUUGUCUGUUUUAACUGUACAUUUUAAAUAAUACACAUCAAUGUUUUGAAGGAAGCAUCAUUAUCAAAGACAUUUCGUUCAUGUAUGUAUAUAAAUUUAUAUAUGUCUACAUUACUGCUGUGAUUCAUCUUUUUGUUGCUUUACACCUAAUAUGUGUAACGUGAAUAAAGUUGUGUUGUGAAAAACAAA